AUGGUCGUCUCCGUCCACAACUACGCUGGCACCGAGGAAAAGUCCGAGGCUUUCCACUACUCGCAGGCAGUCAAAAUCGGAGAUGUCGUGAAGACAUCGGGUCAAGGUGGAUGGGAUGACUCAGGGAAGGUCGUUCCAGAUCUUAAGAAGCAAGUCGAGCUUGCUUUCUUAAACGUUGAAAAGGCUCUGCAAGCCGCAGACAAGAGACUCUCCUGGAAGAAUGUGUACGCCGUCCGAUCAUUCCACAUCGACCUCGACGAGAGUGCAGACUACGUCAUUGAGAACUUCCGCAAGUUCACGCCAGACCGAAGGCCUGUCUUCACCUGCGUUGAGAUUAGGAAGCUUGGAAUUGAAGGAAUGCAAGUCGAAAUUGAGGUCGAAGCGCUGAUCGAGUCCUAG